CCUAGGUUUCCGCUGCCAAGGCUUGGGAGGAGAAGGAGAAAGAGGGAAGUGAAGUGUGGAAGUGUGGCGGCUAGAGCGUCCCCUCGGCGUUCCACAGUGUUCCGCUCUAGGCCUCGAGUCCUCCGUGUGGUCUGUGGCGGCGGAGCGUUGCUGGUUCAGGAGGACUGACGGCAGCGGCGACGACGACGACGGCGGCGGAGGGGGAGGGGAAGCAAAAUGGCGGAGGCGUCGGCGGCUGCGGCGGCCGCCGUCUCCCAGCACCGCUUUUUCUGCCACAGCUGCAAGGGGGAAGUCAGCCCCAAACUGCCGGUAAGGGAGAGGCCGGGGCGGGUCUGUCUGAAUAUGCCCCCCCUUCCCUGUCUUUGAAAUAACCACAAGCGGGCGGGGUGGGGGGGAGGGGAGAGGGAGAGAGUUAGGUUAAUUCGAGAGGGGGCCCAGGACUCCAGGGUCCAUUCUUGGGACGGGGUGGGGAGGUGACGUUGCUGAGGCCAGGAUUCCUGGGUUCAUCCUUUGAAAAGUGUGGGGGGGGGGGAGGGACGAUUCAGGCCAGGACUCCUGAGUCCAUCUUUGGGAGGGGGAGGGGGAAGGGAUUUGAGGCCAGGACUUGUUGCUUCAUCUUUCUGACUGGGGGGUGUCUGGGUUCCUUGGGUCCUUUUCUCAGACUGAUUGUGGAGCCUAAGGAGUUAACAACAUGAUCCUGUACCUUGUCAUCUCAGGCCUAACCCUCAUUGAAUUCAACGAGACUAGACUCUGGGGGUCAUGUUUAUUCGAUUUGCAGCAUCUACGUAGUAUGGUGGUUUUGUUUUUCUGAACAGAGUCUCGGUGUUCUCCUGCCACAAUAUGAAAGGGCAGGGAUCUGAUUGGAAGGGUGGGGGCGGGGACAGGAGAGAGAAGGCCCCGUCCUACUUCCAUUCACCACCAGUAAUAGGAAUGGUAAGGGAUUUUAGGUUUUGAACCCCAUAUGCAACUUGAAUCCAAGUGAAGUGGGUGGUGGGGUUCAGACAGACCACAAGGUCCUAUUAUCCUUUGCUCUCAAAUGUAUUGUGUGAGGGUGGUAGUGGUGGUAAUAGAUUUGUUAUUGCUGCUACUACUACAAAAGAGAAUUGGCUUCUGUUCCUUCCCACCUUGACCAACACCAAGGUCUGGAGAAGGCAAAAGUGUAUCUGGGGAACUUGUGCCCUGUGCUGAGGGUAGAGGGCAGAGGGAAAUCAGGGCACAGACGACACUCAACUGUUAAGCCAAAAUCACAUAUAGGCAAAACACGUUGGGUUCAAUGUUGGGUUCCUAGAUGCCCACCCCCUUUUCACCUCCUUUUUAUUUAUUUAUUUAAAAACUGCUGAGUGUAUAAAGCUGAAGUGGCAGGUUACCUGCAUUAUGUUGCCCAUAUACAGAGUUCUGAGGCUGAAAGUAUGGGUGGAGGCUGCAAGGAGUUGUAGGGUUUGCUCAUACCUGCACAUCCCUUUCCCCCUUUCAGUGAUCAGUUACUCGACAGUGCAAGCCAGGGAAUGGGGUCAUUUUUCCUCCUGCCUCCAAUAUUAUUUUCCUUUCUAAAAGGGUUGUUGGGGACUCUUGGCAACAGAAAUGGUGUGUGAAACAAGGUGGAAAAAAUCUGGAGUUCUCCUGGGUCUAUAAAUUGGGAGGCUGAUGGAGAAUGGUACGGGGCCAUGGGUCCACCCACUGGAGCCAAGAGACAGAAGGGACCAAUGUCAAGGUUUUGACUCCAAUUUAGGAAAGAACAGAUAUGGAAGCAAAUGCAAUUGCAUUCCAUCAUCUUCUCAGUCCUCUUCAAAAGACAGGUAAACUAUCUUGUGGGAAGCGGGAUGAGGGAAAGGGACAGAAAAGUGGAACUAUCACUCUUCCUCUAGAGAAGAAUAAGAAGAGAAAGCAAAACAGAACACUGUUUAUCUUGCCCCAUCACAAGGGCAAGAGGUAGGCAGGGUUGGAAAGUCCCAGGUUCCUGGUUACACAGAGAUCUAAAAAGUAGUGCCAGCACUUGGGCAUUUUAAAUUACCGGUAGUUCCCCCUCUUCUGAGAAGGCAAAUGCCUUUUUUAAAAAAAGUAAAUGCAAAAAAAGUAUACAUCAAAUUAAAAACCAUUCCCCGAUGAAGUCUUAGCUGUUCAGUUACAAUAUCCUCAAGCUUGGAAUUUGGUGAGUGAAUUUUUUAGCGUGGUUCUUGUAUCUAGCCAACCUCUCAAUCAGAAUUGAUGUUGUUCACUGAUUUGAUUUCCUGUGGUGAUUGAUAAUUGCAUGUAGGCAACCAGGCAAUUCUCUAUUCCUUCUGGCCUGAAAAGGCUACUGAUGCUCAAAGGUUAGAUGGAAGGUGAAGAGUGCCUAGUGUGCAGCUGUGUUUAAUCCAGAACUGGAGCCUGAUCAUUGUCUGCCUUCAAGCAAAAUUAACACCCCUCUAUGCUACUUUCAGAAUGUAGCUAGGUCUUAACCAAUAUGUGACUGCCUCCUUAUGCAAGGUGAAGAACAGCUGCCAUUAGCAGUGGAGUCAUUCCAUUAACGCAGGAUAUCCAUAGAUGUGUUGCAGGUUAUCUAUAGCUGUGUCCUGGCUUCUGGGAGCGUGGUGGAGAGACAGCAUGUGGGGUGUUCCUGUGAGCUUCUGUCUGCAGAAUUGAGAGGCCAGCGCUUUGCUUUCCCAGUUGGCAUGGUAUGGGGGAGGAGGUGUCUAAACUCCUGUCUUGCAGGAAGAUAUUUAAAAGGUUGGCUUCAGUUUGGUAGAGUACAAACUUGUUUGGCUGUUUAUUUGAAACAUUUCUAUGCCACAUAUGAAAAGAAAUUUAAUUGUGUUUUUAAUUGUUUCCAAAAGUGAAAUAAUAUUUAAACAAUUUAAAAUGGAGAAAUUGGUAUCACAGAGAACAGGGUAGAAGGGUACAGCGCUCCUGGGCAAGGAAAGCCCCCCAGACAAUUAAGUGUCUUCUGAAGGGUAUUCCAGAGGGUAGUCGGCACCAUGGAGAAAACCUGCUUCUCUACUGCCUCCAGAUAACACUUUUCAGGUCAUGGCAUUCUCAUAAGGCCUUCUCUGAUUAUCUACCAGGCCUGUAUAGAGGAAGGUAGGCAUUUUAGCACAAGAGACUCUGUGAAAUGUACUGCAUCACUGAUGCAUGCUGUGGGACCAUGUUACAGAGACCCGUCUGUUUUGGAUGCUUCCUUGGCUGCUGGACUCAAUAAGCCUUGGGUUUCUGCCAGCUGCUUUUGACUGUAAAAACACGAUCAUGCCUGGUACCCUAUAGUAUGCUGUCAGUGGACUGUGUUUGCCUUCAUGGAUCAUGAGUUGUGCAGACAUGUUCUAUAAAUAAUGGCUGUCAAUAGGUUCUCCCCCAAGCCUCUGCAAUGCAAAUGGGCAGAAUGCAAGAUUUUUAUGUGGGUGUUUGACGCAGAUGAAUAUGACACUCCUUUCUGGGAGGAUUGUAAACUGGGGGAGUUGCACUUCUUGGCAACCAUUCUUAAUAAUCUCCUCCCUUGCACUGACAGGCCUGUCUGGCGGAAUCCCUACAACUUCCACUGCAGGGGAUGUAAAUGUGUGGUGGCUUGUCGUUCAACCCCCAAUUGUGCCAUCUGCAAAAUGGAAACGGUGCCCAGAGUUGGAAAAAUCCCAGAAACUUUGUUGCCCACACAUUUACUUCUGGAAGCUGCUACCCACCCACCACAUCCCAAGCAUGAUUGGCUCCUGAAAGUUUGUUGACAGCACCUACCACCAUUGGCUGAUAAACUCUUGGAAUGUAGAAUCUCUCCUACCCCCUCCCAAUGCUUGCCUGUCUCGUUAGUAGGAGACUUUGUAAAUUUGCACAUAGGUCCAUUUCUAAUAUGUUAAAGAAGGUGCUAGCCAGGCUUGACAAACCCCAGGCCACCUGUCCUUCCAGAAAAUUUCCACACUCUACCUCUCAGACCCUUUGGAGGGUCAGGCAACGAGGAACAUGAUUCGGGCUCCAAAACGGCGGUUAUUUGUGGCCUGGAUCUGGAAUGCUUUUCAGGCCUGUGUUAUGGGAAGGAAGAUGCCAGUUCAGCAAUCCAGGCAGCAACAUCUGCCCUUCUGCCUUUGCUCUCGCUGGUCUUUUGACACCUGAGAAAUGGUGCCCAUGUCUCUGGGGAAUUCUCAUAAAGACAGUCCCUCUUUAUUUCCAGGAGGAAUUGUUUGUUUUCUGAAAUUAUGUUAGCCUGCUGGGAUCAUGCAUCUGCUUUUCUCCAGCCCUCUGCACCAUCAAGGACGAAGAGGCUCAAGGACUUCUUUUCAAAACCAAGUGUACGUGGCACCUCGGUCCUCUUGCUCUUGUUGCAGAUAUCAACGCCAACGGGUUCUUAAUCUGUAAGCAAGGAAUCGGCUCUGAGAGAGGCUUUCUGACUGUAUUUCUGAUGGUGCUUUCAGAGAUGGCAGAGCUUUUGCUUUCUAGACCCUUGCAUCUUGACUGUCUUGCUUGCCUAGGAGCGCUCUUGCUCUCCCUCCCACCUCCCCGAUUUAUGCUUGUCUCCCUUUUCUGCUGCUGACUUCGGCAGUUUCGCUGGGCUGUGUUUCAGCUGCCCUUUUGUUUCAGUGAAAAAAUGCUGUCCCAAACCCCCUCAUGCCUUAUGCUUUCCAUAGCUGCAGUUCAGGAUUUCCUGAUGUCAUUAAUGCCUUUUUUUAAUAGUGCAAGAAUCUAAGCUGGGCUAAUCUCUGCAACACAAGAUUUAAAUUGUGCUAGUGGAAGCCAUAACCUGAACAUCUCAAAAGUUACUACUUGCGUAUAAAUAUAUGCAAACUUGUAUACAGGUCGCAUAAUGUCAGUGAGCUUGGUGGAACUUCCUUUUUUCGUAAGAGGAUGUGUCUGCAUAUGCUUAAGGGCUGAGCUAAAACUAGCCAUGCAGUUUACUUUAGCUAUUACCACCAAAGCUCUGCACUUCUUAUAGUUCUUUGGAGCUUCCCAUAAUACUGCACCACCCCCUGUGAGUCGUGUUUUGCAUCCAAGGCUUGGAUGAGAAAUUACCAAGAAAGCUUUAGAUUAUUUUAUUUUUUACAGUGCCCACUUGGGCUUCUUCCUCCCAAGCUCAAGCCCUUCUUUCACUCUUUAAGUGGAAAAUUGUGAACAGUAAACCUGAAGCUGGAGUUGAAACCUGAAAACAGAGCGUUUAGAAGUGGCUCUCAGACCGGCAUGAAGAAGGAAGAACUACCUUGCAUUCAGAGCUCUCCUCUUGACAGUAGUCUUCAGAGCCUCAAAGGCAAUUUGCUCAGUAUAUUUGGACAAAUUCCCUCUUGACCUCAGUUCCCGUCUCUGUGAAAUGGGGACAUGAAAGACCUACUUCCCAAGGUGUGCUGAAUGUGGGGGGUUGAACACGAGAAUAACUUUCUGGACUAAAUGAGAGCGAGGCCUGUGGCCACCUAUUGGAUCAACAACAGAGGCGAUAUUUGAAGUAGGCCAUCUUUGCAGACAAUCUCACACAGGCUGAGACAGAGUAGGCCCAGGGCACCGUGAACUAACAAGGUCUCCUGCACGGAGCCCUUGGAAAUCAAUCAGAGAUGCAUGCAGGAGAACAUCUAUCAGUAUUUGAUUAUGUUUGUCAUGGGGCAGGGGAGAAUGGUAUUUGGAGAGAGUUGGGUUUUUGGUGGGGGAGGGAACUCUGCCCAGCCCCAAAUAAUUGGGCAUCAGUUCAUUCCUCAUUCCCUUCCCUUGAAAGAGUAAUCUGCACAAGCAGUAAUUUCUUUUUUUAAGAGAGAAAGCACAGCUGCUGCAGCUGCUUCAGUCGUUCCCGGGCCCUCCCUCUUCACAAAACUGCUGUGAGGUUCUGCUUUUCACUAAGUCAUGUAGUUAGAUCCACUUGUUCUGUUGCUCUCCUUGUUGGGGGAUGGCUGAAUGUGGGCUGGUGUGAUUAUGGAGCUCAUGCACCAGGAGGCUGAAUAGCUGCAUUCUCCAGCUGCUGUUUUGAAUCAGGCUGUCUGCUGCAGGUGUAUGCUGCAUGCCAAGAAAGGGUGGGGGUUUUUGGGAGGGGGGCAUUUUUAGAUGUCUCAUUCAAAACAGCACACUGGGGGUGCGGGGAGAACUCUGAUACUGGCAACUAAGUCAAUUUGCUGGAGGGGAAGUAAAAUGGUGGUGAGAGGGAGCAUCUUCCCAGUGAGGAAAAGAUAAACGGAUUGGUGCUAGCUAGCUUACUUAGGAAAAGCUUUGUAUUUCCUGUUUCUCUCUCUGUCAGGAUUGUAAGCCCCUUGGGGCAGGGGUAGUUAACAGGAUACCCCCCAGAUGUUGUGGACUGCAUAAAAAGAGCCCUGCUGGAUCAGGCCAAAGGGGGCCUAUCUAGUCCAGCAUCCUGUUCUCACAGUAGCGAACCAUGUCCAGACCCAAACACUGCUCCGUACUGUGAUUUCCAGAAUCUGGUAUUCAGAAGCACUACUGCCUCAGACUGUGGAGUCAGAGUAUAAUCAUUGUGGCUAGUAGCCAUUGGAGGUUUUUAGGCAGAGAUUGGGUGGCCAUCUGUCAGGAAUUCUUUAGCUGCAUUACAUCAGUUACACUAGAUGACCCUUGGCGUCUCUUCCAACUCUACAGUUCCGUGUUUUCAGGUACAAAAAAGGUCUCUGCCUUCAAGAGCAUACUGUCACAUUUCUUUGUUGUUGUUGUUUCACAGUGUUGAUUUGCAGCCGUACAGGUAGGAAGAAAUGGAAACGGUGAAGGUACUAAAGAGGUGGCCACAAGUGGGAUAAUGUUUAACUUGUGAGAAUCUAAUGUUGUUGCUUUCACUUUUGCCUGCAAGAGGAAGCUAGGAACUAGAAAUAUGAAUUUCCAUUGGAAGCAAAUCCCAGAGGGAUUAAUCUUUUGCAGCAAAUGCAAAAGCAGUGCUGUGGUAUAAUUUAAUGGCUCACAACCACAAGUACUUAAGAAAGUGGCCAUGUAAUUGAGAUACUUCUGAAUUCUCAGGGUAAAGAAUCUAGUUUUGGAAGACAGAGCCCAAAUGCCCAAGCACCUUGACUUUCUCUGCAUCCUCACUAGCAAACUAGUGGCUUUCACACUGUUUGGGGAAUGGAGAGUGUUCUUUAUGAGAAGAUGCGUAAUGGCAGGUGAGCUUCCCUAGAUGUUGGCUUUCCCAGUGUGGCCAUUCUCCCAUUGCAUAGCACAGCUGUCUGUUGUUAACUGGUAACUUGCAGCAUAUUGCCAACUUCAGUGACCUCUAGAUAUUUUCAGCUAUUACUCCAGUUAUCCCUGCUGGCUGGGAUUGAUGGGACUCACAGCCCCAAACAUCUGGAGGGCAUCAAGUUGGAGGGGUUCUUCAGCAGAACGUUCGCUUUGUGAAGGUUAUGCAGCUUUCAAAAUAAUUGCUUUAGAGCCCUGGAAUAUUAUGGGAUGAGCCGCAAGUGGUGAUGGUGUUCUCUUCCGCCGAUUGUGGAGAGUCACCAGAUACCUUUAAAGCAGGCGUCAGAUGUCUCUUAGAAGCUGACUGGGUUUUGGUAACAGAAUCGGUGACCCCCCCCCAAUAGAUUAUUCAUGUCAUUCCUGAUGGCGGUCCUGGCAUUGUGCAACGUGAACAGUUGUGUGUCAAGGGGUGUGAAUACAACUCAUUGAGCAGCAUCACCACUGUGUUGUUGAGCCUGCAAUGCGAUAUCCACUUGUGGUGGUGCCAAUACAGCUGAAAGGCAUGGUGGGUGAAAUAAAGUGGUAUGGGGGCUUCAUUGUGUGACUGGACCCUGCUGAUCAUGUUAUGACAUUAUGGGUUCUGAUACAUCAGUAAUAGGUGAUAGCAAGUUUAAACAGCUAGCUGCAGCUAUAGGGUCACAAAGAUGUGCUUCAGUAUAGCAUUUAAUUCACCAGUUAUAGGACUGAUUGAAGUUUUCAGUGCACUUGGGGUUUAGUCUCAUGCGAUUAUGGAGGCAGAGUGGGUGUUGCACCUGGUUGAGUAAUUAUAAGAUUGUAUUCUUUGCAAAGAAGCACAAAUAGCUCCAUAAAUACAGUUAGUGGGACCUUUGCUUAACCUCUGGGAGGGAUGGGCAACCUGUUGCCCUCCUAGUGCUGCUUGACUCCAAUUCCCAGCAUCCCUUGAUUAUUGUCUAUGUUGGCUGGAGCAGCUGGGAGUUGUAGUCCAAAACAUCUGGAGGGCACCAGGUUGGUGCAGGUUUCUCUAGGGCAGUGGUUCUCAACCUUGGGUCCCCAGAUGUUUUUGGCCUACAACUCCCAUGAUCCCUAGCUCACAGGAUCAGUGGUCAGGGAUGAUGGGAGUUGUAGGCCAAAAACGUCUGGGGACCCAAGGUUGAGAAAGGCUGCUCUAGGGUAUCAGCAAAUUUUCCUGAUGCAAAUUACAUAUGCAAAUAUCCUCAUUUGCAUGAGAAAAUUUCCCACAUUUCCCCCCAUUCAAUUCCCCCCCCAACCCCAUAUCACUGAUCUUUUCCGUAUCCCAUACACACAUUUUAUCAUUCUUUAUUUUCCCUUUUACAUAUCCUGUAAAAGUGCCUCCAUUGGAUUUUUCUCUCUCUUCCCCUCCAUCCCAAUCUUUAACAUUUCUCAUUUCCCCCAAAUUUCAUCUUCACAACAACCCCAUUAGGCAAGUUAAGGCAAGGAGAAGCAACUGGCAAGGUUACAAGAAAGGGAUUUUGUAGGUACUAUAAAGCUGGAAAAAGAUCAAGCCAAAGGAGCAAGGGCUAGAGCAACUCUUAUGGCGAAAACUUAUGAUGUUUGUGACAUUUCAUUUAGAAAAGGCAAGUAAUGGGUUGGAGGUGGACAUGACUGGUGUGGAGAAAGUGGAUAGGCUUUUCUUGCAAUAUGUCAACCCAGUAAUGAGUAGGGUUAUCCAGUGAACCUAAACAGUGGGAGAUCCUGGACUAACAAGAGGAAAUGUCCUUCACACUGUACAACAUUUCAACUGUGGAAACCACUUCUGAAAGAUGUGAAUACCACCAACUUGGGAGGCUUUAAAUGGAGAUUACACAAAUUCAUGAACACUCUGGCUAUCAGUGGCUACUAGUCAUAUGGCUGUUAAUCUGGUGAUCCAGUUGCCAUUAGUGCACGCCAUGCCAAAUUCUGGCCGAUCCACCAACAUUCAUUGGAUUGCAAAAAACAAACAAACAAACACCAGACUUCUGAUUGUAACCGAAAUGAUUCACUUGCUGUAUAUAGAUAAUUUUAUAGCAUUAUUAAAUGAUAUAAAAUGGAGUUUCCAUAUAGAAACGUGAAUUUAGAGGUGUUAAUACAAAAUAAAAUAUUUGAAAAGAGCAACUUGUACAUGUUUAAAUCUAAAGUAACUUGGAGCAAUUGGAUAUAACUUGCAUAUGAACUCAUAAGUGGCAUUGACAAAGCAAGCAGUCAUCGUGAAUAACAGAACUUCCAACUCCCUCCAGCCCAUCUACAGUGGUACCUCGGGUUAAGUACUUAAUUUGUUCUGGAGGUCCGUUCUUAACCUGAAACUGUUCUUAACCUGAAGCACCACUUUAGCUAAUGGGGCCUCCUGCUGCUGCCGCGCCGCUGCAGCACGAUUUCUUUUCUCAUCCUGAAGCAAACUUCUUAACCUGAAGCACUAUUUCUGGGUUAGCAGAGUCUGUAACCUGAAGUGUAUGUAACCUGAAGCAUAUGUAACCCGAGGUACCACUGUAGUUGUGAAACAAAUCUAAGUUCCCUAGCAUACUGGUUAACUAAAAAUUUCUUGGUUGUCAGUCUUAAGGAUGUAGGCUAGGCCUUGUAGCAGUCCUCAGAUUGAGGAAAGCAUGUGAACUGAGGCAGAUUUGUAUUUUAUUUCUUUAUUGCUCAAGGUGGUGUCCAUUGUCCCCCCCCCCCAUCUUAUUUAAUCCCUACAACAACCCUGUGAAUAGGUUAGACUGGGAACCACUGACUGACCCCUGGUGAACUUCAUGGCUGACUGGGGAAUUGAAUCCUCGUCUACCACGUCCUCAUCUGACACUAACUCCUAUACCAAGAAGAACAAAAAAAAACCCUUUUAUAUCAGUCAGCAAUAGGACGAGUUUUCCAUUAAUUUUACUGUUCAUGUAGGCAAACCCACAUAAAACAUAGACUAUGAAAUACCACAAUCUGGGAGGUGGGGUGGGAAUGAGCAACUGGGACCCUGCUGUAUCAGCUGUUCCUCACACAGAGAACUUUGACAUGCUUCCAGAGCUUUUGGUUUGCUAGAACCUGUUAUGCUUUCGCUUUUGUUUGGACGUUGGGCUUGCUUUUCCUGUUAAUCUUAUCGUAAAGCCAAGGUCUCCACCUAAAGCUGAAGAUAUCUGCACAAGGGUCCAAGCAACCUCUGCGGGAAAGACCCAGAGAUAGCCUAGUAUCGUCCACUUCGAUACAUCAUGGCUGCUCUGCAAUGUGCAUGAAACACACACAUCCUGACUACUGGGUGUGAUGGAUACAUGUGUAGGCCCAGCAAGGACCAGGUUAACAAUGGCCAUCCAUUGCCUGCAAUAUCAAAGGCAGCAUACAUCCUCCUCUUCCUUAUUAUUAUUAUUAUUACAUAUUAAAUUUGUAUACAGCCCAUCAUCUGAAGAUCACAGGGUGGUUCAGAACAUAAAAUUACAAAAUGAGAACACAAAAUGAUUAAUUAAUUAAAAUUUUAUAUAUAGAUGUUUUAUGAUGGCCUAUCUUUGUAAUGCCUAAUAAAGGUUUGGCAAAGAAGUAGAGAACAGAAAAUACAUAAUAAAACAAAAACAAACCAAUCCCCCCCACAAAAAACCCAACCACUUAUAAAUGGACAUAGAAUGUUAAUCAGCUAAAGUCUUGGUUGAAGAGGAACAUUUUUGCCUGGCCCUUAAAGGUGUUUAAUGCAGGCGCCAGCCAAACCUCCCUGGGGAGAGCAUUCCACAAGACUUGCGUUGUCAUCCUCUGGACCUCUCCUGGAGGGGAACAUGAAAAAGGGCCUCAGAUGAUAAUCACAGAAUUUGGGUCAGUUCAUAUGGAGAACCAGUGUUCCUCUAAAAUUGCACACGGGCCAGGAGGUGGGGAAUCCAGAUGGAAGUCAGAUCAAGGACCAGGCCCUCCCCCUUUUCCUUGGUCCUUUCAGGUAUCCCACCCCCUUGCAGCUUCCUAGAAAAUCUGGUCAGCUCUGAGGCUUGGAAAAAAUGUUUGCUUGUGUGGAUCAGUGUAGAUUGGGUCACAGGAUAUCCUGAAGUGGUUUCCACUUUUGCCGGGACUGCCCUCUACAGUGUAGUUGGAGAAUGUCUGAUCUCCAGCUGUCACUGAUGUUGCAAUACCCGUUAGGCAAGGCUGUAAUCGUGGGGUUCACACAGCCUGGCUCCCUGCGUCUAGAUUUCAAAUCUUCCUGAUGAAUCAUAACUUGGCUGUGUUGUAAAUAAUAGCUCUGAGCCUUUCCCCUUGCUUGAGUACCAGCCAACAGUGUGGAAUGUGGCUCUUUGUCCUGCUGGCUCAUUAUGAUUGAUUAUUGCCUUACAUCUUCACAUCUCACUUCCUCCUGCUGUGCAAACCACAGUGGUGUAGGUGUGGUUCCCACGCUGUCACCCAUCCAGGUACUGUCCGCACCCAGACCAGCUUAGCUUCAGGAAAGUGGUGGACUCAACCUGGACCAGAGCCUGCUAAUGACAGGAAAUACCCAAAGUUGAAUAUGCAUGUAUGGUUGACGUCUUUACCCAAGGUUGCCUCUGAGUGCUCUACCUCCAGUGGUUAGGUGGGUGGACACCAGAGGCAGGGCCUUUUUCAGUGGUGGCACUUUGUUUAACUCAAUAGCCCACUUUGAUGGCUUUUAGGCAGCAGGUAGAAACUUUACCAGGGCAUUUGGUGGACGUGAUUGGACGUUCUGCUCUUGCCUCAGUUGGUCCUUUGUUUGAGUUCUGAUUGAUUUUUCUUCUUUUUUAAAUGCAAUUUUUUUUAUUUAGCAAAAUAUUGCUUGACUGUAAGAAUAAAACCUCUCAGCUGUUUACAAGACAUGGGGCACAUGUCACCUGAUGAGUUCUGUCAGCAGAAGCCAUGCAAGGACUUCUGCUGUGUAACGGGACUUUUCCUCAUCUCCCUGCAAUGGGCCUCCCCCCCCCCCCAAGUAUUUAUUUAUAUAUUGCGCUUAUAUCCCACCUUUUCCUCCAAGGAGCUCAAGGUGUGGCAUACAUUAUUCCCCCCUCCUCAUUUAAUCCCCACAACAACCCUGUGAGGUAGGUUAGGCUGAGAGGCAGUGAUUGACCCUAGGUCACCUAGUGAGCUUCAUUUCCAAGUGGGGAUUUGAACCCUGACCUCAUAGUCUGAUACCCUAACCGCUACACCAUAUUGUCUUGGCUCGGGUUCGGUGGGAGAAUCCAGAGCACAGGGUGGGGGUCGUUUUAGCUGGCAAACUGAAAUGCUUGCACUGAUGAAAUGAUCAGAAGAGCGCAACAUUAAAGUCUUCCUCAUCAUGUAUAUAUUGCCUUGAAAACCACCUUCACAAUUACUAUUGAAACUUAAAAAUGGAGGCACUAGCAGGCGCAAAACAAUCCAUUCAGACACCCUGGUAGAUUUCUAUCCCAGAAUUUCAUCAGAACUCUUGACAUUCUUUUCAGUGGUGCAUCUACACUCAAGAGAGCCAGAACUUUAUAAAGCUUUUUAUGCAAACUGAGAUUUUCAAUAUUAUACAGCAGGGUUUGGGUGCUGGGCACCCUCCAGAUGUUGCUUGGUUCCAGUUCCCAUCAGUCUGGUCCAUCAUCCUUGCUGACUUGAGCUGAUGGGAGCUGGAGUUCACUAGUCAAGGAUGGUGGGAGCUGAAAUCCAGUAACAUCUGAGGGACCACUGGCUUCCCAUCCCUGCUGUACAACAAGAGUUUCGGGUGGUGCAGUUUGCUCCAUUCAUUUACUAUAUAUAAAGGUAAGGUAAAGGACCCCUGGACAGUUAAGUCCAGUCAAAGGUGACUAUGGGGUUGUGGCGCUCAUCUCGCUUUCAGGCCGAGGGAGCCGGCGUUUGUCCACAGACAGCUUUCUGGGUCAUAUGGUCAGCAUGACUAAACCGCUUCUGGCGCAACGGAACACUGUGAUGGAAACCAGAGCUCAAGGAAACACCGUUUUCCUUCUUGCUGCAGCAGUGCCUAUUUAUCUCCUUCACUGGCGUACUUUUGAACUGCUAGGCAGGAGCUGGGAAGGAGCAACAGGCGCUCACCCUGUUGCAGGGAUUCGAACCACCGACCUUCCGAUUGGCAACCCCAAGAGGCUCAGUGGUUUAGACCACAGCACCACCCGACUGCCCCACUAUAUUUAUAUAAGAAUGCCCAGUAGAAUUGUUAAAAUGAUCCAAUGCAUUUAAAAUAUGGUGCCAUGAAAUGACAUCCUAAAAUAACAGCUUGUAGCCUAGAACUCAUUGGGUGGUGAGCCAGGCACACCUGGUGGUUUGGGUGUGUUCACAUUAGGCGUGUUAUCACAUUACAUUAGAUGAGCGUACACAGUCUGUGUGCACAGAUAGUUGAUCUGUGCAAAUAAACAAGUGCACACCCCAGGAUUAUUAUGAGUAAGAGUAUUGUUUGUUUUUGAAUGUGAAAUUUGUAAUGUAUUUCCUACGUUGAUUCAUUUGUUGCUGGGAUUUGUAAGUCACUAAGAUUUCUGUUGAUAUAUGAAGCGGUACAUAAAUUUGCUAAAUAAACGUGUAGAGGUGGUUUGUAGCUGUGUUCAGCAUAACACAUGAACUACUGAACUGUUUUCGUCGAGAAAGGGCAGCGACUGAGUUGGUUUGAAAACAGUGCAGGGGCAGCAGUAGGUGGCAGGAGGAGGUUCAGUAGAAUCAUAGCAUUGCGGAAUUGGAAGGGACCUAUCUCAUCCAACCUUUUGCAAUGCAGGACUCACAGUAGCUCGGCAAUAACGCUUGGCAUGGGUAUUGUACAUUUUUGCAGUUGUGUCUUGGAGGCCGUCGCUCACCUGAGGCUGCUAAGCAGAGUUUGCAGCUCUUGUGCUUCAGGCCCCUUCCACACACAGCCGCUCAAAGUUGUUUGGUAGCCCUUUGCUCAUACUGCUACCCCACGUGGACACAAUCUCUCUGUAAAAGUUUGCAACUGGGGCUAGGGUGGCUCUCUUCUUGCUGAUCUUCCUGGCGUGUUGCAGCCACACUAUGAUGAAGUGGUUGUUCACCUGACUCAGCAAGAGAGGGGCUUUAGCUGUUGUAGCCCAACAGCAUCUCCUGGACUAUAGGAAAAGGGUUUCAGGAUUCCAAAGAUGGCAGGAGGAGGUGUGAAGAGGAGCCCUGGGCUUUGUACGUAUCCUCUCCCUCUGCCCCAAAGCCUAGAAUAGUUUUACAGCCAAAAAAUGCAUGCCUCUCAUACAGCUCAUUUCAAUGCCUUAGCUGAGCUGCCCUCCUACUGGUGCAUCUCUAAACAAUUGUGUUUCUGUGACUGCUUGGAGCUGCGUUUGCCCACAAGUCCAUCCUUUUUGCAUCCUCGGGCAUGGCGCGUUGAGUCUUCUUUGCUGAAUGAUGAGGCCGGGCAGUGAGAACAUCUCUUGAUGGCGGUUCUGAGGAACCCUUGUGAGUUAGAAGCCAGAACUGAUGAAUUGGGCCAUGUGAUUUGUGAUAGAACUGGCACUCGAGAAACAAACACAGCCCUAAGCCGGUUUUCAUUUUAUCAGGGAUCUUCUCUGGGACUGAUUCCCCUAUGCAACAAACCCAAGUGUGUGAUGCAGAGCGGUAUAGCUGUCAUUCUCUUACAAACUUCACAACCCUAUAUAACCUCUGUUUUGAAACAGCUGCACAGCUUGCUAGUUCGUUUCUGGGCCCAGUUCACAUUGCUGUUAAAAGCCUUAAAUUAGACUCAUGCCCCAAAUACCUGAAAGAUUGCCCCCUACCCUACAGACCCUAUCGGGUGCAAAAAUCAACAGAAGGGGCCUCUGGUUGUUCCACCACCCACAGAAGCUCAGGGGGGCAGGCACAGGAGAUUGUCUUCUCUGUGGUGACCCCUAAGUUGUGGAAUUCCCUCCCCAUGGAGGUGUGUCUGGCACCUGCAUUGCAUAGCUUCUGGCGAAUGCUGACGAUGCAAUUCUUUAGCCUAGCUUUUGACACUUGAGGUGUAUAUUUUUAGGACCCACCUUAUUUCAGUCAUGUUAGGUUGUUUUGGAAUGCUUUUAAUACUGGGUUUUAAUUGUUGUAACCUGCCCUGGGACAUAGGGGUGAAGGGUGGAUAAUGAAUUGUAUUAUUAAUAAUGAUAUCUACCAUGUCAUGACUGUGAUCUCUGUGCUUGAUCAUAAUGAUUGCCAAUCCUAGUAGUGCCAGCCAAUCCUAGUGUAUUCUGCAACCCGUAUAAAUGAUUGGCAUAAUUAGUUUUGCCUGCAUCAGUCUUGUCAUCUUUAAAAAAAGUGAUUUGCAUAAUUUAUUCCUAGUUUGAGCAAUCAAGGGGGAGAGAGAGACAGAGCUCCAUGCAAGGCACUGAAAGUCUCUCCAUCUCUCUGGCUUCUGGGCUCCCAGCUGUCACAGCCCACGUCCUUCCUUUAUUUAUUUACAACAUUUUUAUGCCACCCUUCAUUGUGUCAGAUUUCAGGGUAGCAUAAAGCAUGAAACAAAGGCAAAAUGUGCAACUUGACGACAUGCAAUAAAAAAAGGGCAACACUGGAUAGGAACGAGAAUAAGAAGAUCCUUCCAAACAUUCUGUGCGCAGGACACACCAACAGGAUUUAGCCUUUGUUCAGAACUUGCCUGACCUUCCCCUGACCAGGUAGCGAAAUCACUCCAGAUUGUUAUCCAGCAUUUCACAUUUUCACUUGCCCCGACAAAUAAGACAAGUGGACUGCAGGGUUGGGCAGUAACUGUCUCAGCAGUUGUACGGGGUCUCCAUCCCCACAAGCCACUGCCUCCGUGCCCCUUUCCCUGCCGGGCCACUUUGUUGCCUGGAGGUGUUUCAGCUGCAAAACAGCAGACUUCCCUGCAGGGCAUGUUGACGGGAUACCACUUUGGGUGCUCGAAGUCAUGAUGCUCCAAGCAACCAAACAAACACCACCCUGCCAGUCUUUCCUACAGGGGAAGAGCCACCAUGAUGCAGUGGUUAGAGUACCCACUCGGCCAUGAAACUCAGUGGAUGAACUUGGACCAUUCACUCCCCCCCCCAGCUUACAUCACCAGGUUGUGGUGGGGAUGAAAUGAGGAGGAGGACCACAUGCGCCACCUUGAGCUGCUGGCAUCCAUCAGCAGCAGUUGCAGGCCUUUAUCAGAAAGCCUUUGUGUGAAGAGAUAAGGUGGUGAGUGAUGGGGCAGACAGAUGAGCUGCUUAAACUUGAUAGGAUUCUUGUUUUCAUUUCUGUGGAUGAAUGAGAGGACUGGCAACUCAAGGUGACCCCCUUCAGGGAACUGGGUUUGAUUUAGGGCCUCUAGAACGAUGAGCGCCUACACCAGAGGUCAGCAGAGUGGUGCUCAUAAGGUGGAAGGGCACCCUUUGGUGUUUACCUUUUUCUCCCUUGAAAAAUAUGGAGAUCUGAAGAAGGAAGUGGCAAGAGUGACAUUCUUUCCCACUUCCUCUUCCAACUCUGUGUGUUUUCGAAGGCUCUGAUUGUUUAUACUUUAUUAUCAGUAAUUUUUUAUUUUAUUAUUCAUCAAAUUUCCAUACUGCCCUUCAUCCGAAGAUCACAGGGCAGUUCACAAUAUAAAAACACAAAUAUGCAUACCACAAUAACAAACAAAAGCAAUACUCCCCACAGUUUAAAAAACCAUAGGUUAUUUAAUUCGCCAAAAACCUGGGAGAAGAGGAAAGUUUUUGCCUGGCACCAAAAGAUAUGUAACGAAGAAGCCAGGCGAGCCUCCCUGGGGAGAGCAUUCCACAAACGGGAAGCCACCACAGAAAAGGCCCUCUCUCGUGUUGCCACCCACCAGACUUCUCAUGGAGGAGGCACAUGAAGAAGGGCCUCACAUGAUGAUUCCAGGGUCUGGGUCAGGUCAUGUAGGGAGAGGCGGUUCUUGAGGUAUUACAGUCCUCAGCUGUUUUAAGACUUUAUAGGUUGAAACCAGCUCUUUGAAUUGGGCCUGGAAACUAAUUGGCAUCUAGUGCAGUAGGGCCAGGAUUGGCAUAUACUCAAACUGUCUUGCCUCAGUGAGCAACCUGGCCACUGAACUGUGCACCAGCUGAAGUUUCCAAACCAUCUUCAGAGGCAGCCCCAUGUAUGACGAGAUGCAGUAAUCUAACAGAGUGGCUACCAGAGCAAAGACAACAGAAGUUAGGCCAUCCUUGUCCAGAUAGGGGUACAGCUGGGUCAGCAGCCGGAGCUGAUUGAAGGCUCUCCGUGCCACCGAGACCACCUGAGCCUCAAGUGACGGGGAUCCAGAAGUACCCCCAAGCUGUGUACCUGCUCCUUCAGAGGGAAUGUAACUAAAUCAAGAUCUCUUGGAAAAGCAACUUCUAUGUGUACAUGCACUUUUUCUCAGGUGUGUGUGUUUCAUUUGCAAUGGGUGACAAGAGCGGGCAGUGCACUCUCAAAUAUCCAAAUGUGCCCAUGAACCUAAAAAAGUCUGUGGCCUUGUUUUUGUGUGGCAUAUUUCCACCUGUGACUGUGUAGCCUCCACCAUUCUCAGCCUAAAACCACCUUCCCUUUUCUCUUCCUCUGCAGGAGUACACUUGUCCCAGAUGUGAGUCUGGCUUUAUUGAAGAAGUGACAGAUGAUUCCAGGUAUCUUUCACCCUCAGAGACUCCCCUCAUGUUGCUAGAUUUCUCAUAUCUACCCUCUCCCCACCAAGUGUUUCUUCUACUGAUGGAUAUGCUACCUCUUUUGGUGUUUAUUUUAUUUAUUCGUUUAUUUCAUAAAAAUAAUAUACCGCUUGGCUGUUUUUUGUUUCUUUUAAAACCUUCAAAGCAGGUUGGCUGAAUUCUGCACCAUUUUAUACAAUAGGUCUAUGGUUCCCAAACUGGGUGGGAACUGCCUCCUGCGAGGCAGUGGGAUUACCUAGGGGGCUGCUAAGAGUUAAAGAGACGGCAAGAGGGCACUAGAGGUGUAAAUGACUAUCAGACUUUGAAGGUAGCAUUGCUGGAUCAAAUUCAUCAAUUUUGUUAAAUUAAUUGAACUAAACAGUUUUAAUUGGAUUUUGAAUAAAUAUGCAGUUGUUACUGGUUUAAAUGUUAUUGUGUUGUUACCUUUCUUAGUGGGUCGUGCAAACUGCUAUUUUUAAUAUUUUUUUUAUAGAGUAGGGGGCACUGGGGAUUUGUUUAUGGAACCAAGGGGGCAGUGGCCAAAAACGUUUGAGGACCACUUUGAUAGAAACAUCGCACCUGUAACUUCCCAGGUGGCUGACAUCCGAUGGCUCUGUUUAGUCAGGACUAUUCGCCUCCUGUGGGCUUUCCUCACUUCCAUAGAGUUGUGGCACAGACACAGCCCUGGCUGAAAUGCAGGCUAACAGGAGAGAUCAGCUGGGCUGUAUAAGUGGAGAACUUCGUGGUUUGCAGCUAGGCUAAAGACCUCCAUUGCUUUGACUCACACAGAAGAAAAUGUUAGAGGUGGGGGGUGAAGUCUCGUUCAGAUUUUUUUUUUUGUGGGGGGGGGACCUCUCAGUUGUGUCAGACAGAAUAAAGGUAAAGGGACCCCUGACCAUUAGGUCCAGUCGUGGCCAACUCUGGGGUUGCGGCGAUCAUCUCACUUUAUUGGCCGAGGGAGCCAGCGUACAGCUUCCGGGUCAUGUGGCCAGCGUGACUAAGCCGCUUCUGGCCAACCAGAGCAGUGUACGGAAACGCCGUUUACCUUCCUGCUGGAGCGGUACCUAUUUAUCUACUUGCACUUUGACAUGCUUUCGAACUGCUAGGUUGGCAGGAGCUGGGACUGAGCAACGGGAGCUUACCCCAUCGCGGGGAUUCGAACCGCCAACCUUCUGAUCGGCAAGUCCUAGGCUCUGUGGUUUAACCCACGGCGCCACCCGCGUCCCAUGUCAGUCAGAAUACUCUGGGCUAAAUAAUCUGUUCCGCCUUCUUAAGUUUGCAUGCAGAAGGUCCCAGAAUCAAUACCCACUGGUGGCAGUGCUAGAGACCCCUGGAGAGCUGCUGCCAGUCACUGUAGACACUACUGGGCUAGAUGGGCCAAGGGUCUGACUCUGUAUAAUGCAGCUUCUAGUGUUCAUUGGUAAUAGCUGCGAGAAAGAGCUCAUUUCCCCCCAAGGUCUGACCUUCAGCUUUUUCUGCAUUUCGACUCUUCCCAGAGAGAAGGUGGUGGUAGACAGAAAUGAAAAAUUAUGCCAAGUCAGAGACCUGGCUAUAUUUUAUCCUGAGCAAUCGGUGACACGCACGCUAGAUUUAAAAAACAAACCUCGUGCGACAGUUUAAGAUCCAGCUGCCAAAUUUGGAAACGGUCCUCAGGAACGUCUGACUCAGUGUCACCUUCAAAGCUGGAAAAAUGGCCUGCUCCUCACUCCCCCCCCCCCAGCUCCUCUAGUCACUUUGGGAGGUGGAAGCCCUGAUUCAGCCCUGCAUAGAUUUGGUGCUGGGUGGGAGGGGUGAUUUGUGGGGCACUCUUUGUCGCUCUAGCCCUGCUCCUAAGGAUAUAACAACAAAAUGGGUCUAUAAUUUGAGACAGAUUCCAAGUCCGUACUUGUUUUGUCUAGCCUUGCUCGUAAGGAUAUAAGAGUCCUGUUGGAUCAGACCGAGGCCCAUUUAGUCCAGCAUUCUCUUUCCAAGAGAGCUCUGUCAGGUGCCUUUGGGAAUCUGGCAAAUAAGACAGGAAGACAACACUCCUUCCAUGUUCACCCCCAGUACCAGGUACUCAGCAGCCAGACUGCCUCUGAACCCGGAGGCUCCAUUUAGCUCUCACGUUUAUUUAUAUCCUCCUCUGACAUGUCUGAUUUUCUAAGGUCUGCCCUGCCAUGCUUGAGGGAUGUGUGAAUGUGUGUCAUUGCAGACGAUAAAAGCCCACCUUUCAUUGUCAGAACUUUGUGCCAAGGUGCCAGGGUGUUGCAGUCCAUUGGGCCUCAAUGGACGCCAGUUCAAAGGGUUAUCCGUUCACUUUUAUUACAUUGUUAUCCUGCCUUUUUUUUGAAGGAGCUCUAGGUGACAUGCAUGGUCCUCCCUCCCUGCCUCCCUCUCGUUUAUUCUCACAGCAACCCUGUGAGGUAGGAUAGGCAGAGAAUGGCCCAAAGUCACCACUGAGCUUCACUGCCUAGUGGGGAUUUGAACCCUGGUCUCCCAGUCUCCUACACUGGCCCUUCCCAAAUACAAUGGGCACAGUGGGUAACCUUGGCCCACUUCCUUUCAUCUGUAAAAUGGAAGCAUUGAAUUUACUGUGUGAAGAAAUAAAUCCCAUUUUUACACCGAAGGGCGCCCCUUCACUUACUGUAGAUGUCAUUGGCACUUGGCCCAGAAUCCCUUGGGAUUGUAGUUCUGUGAAAGGGUUCUGGGGACCUCUUAAAAAUAAGAAUUUAGCACCCUCUCCCAAAGCCCACAGGUGGCCUUCAUGGCUGCAGUGAGGUUUCAGAAUGACUUAAACAUCUUGACAGACGGGAUAUUUAUGUUGCAAGAUAUUUCACAAAAAUGAUAGCUGGAGAAAUAAUCCUGUAUGGCAGGGAAGGAGAACCUGUGAGUGGAGACCCUCCUUAUGUUGUUGGACUCAGUUUAUUGAUAUAAAUCUUGAUAUUAAUAGAAACGAAAGUGGAAAUGAUGUGAAAUAGAAUUAUGAAUGAUACGGGAUAUUUGCUGAAAAUAGAAAAUUGACUAUUGCAUAUGGAUUAACAAGUGGCGUUGACUCAAAAACCGUUGACAAAGCAAUCAAAGGGAAUCAGUCUGACUUCCUAGCAUAUUAAAGCAAUAAAAAGCAUAGUUACCAAAUAUUAGAGCAGUAGAUCAAGUCUUGUAGUAGUUAGACAGAGGAUACAAAGUGUAGCUGGUGGUGGCAAAAAAGGAAAAAAGCAAGUAUUUCAACUGUGCCCACCCAAAAUGUAGUACAGUAGAAGAAUAACCAACUAGAAAAACUCAGUACGCCUUUUGUAUCAAUCAAUGAUAGCAUGGGGCUGGGAGAUCAGGGACACUAAAAAAUUCCAGCAAUUUUCCUGUUUGCAUGGGAGAAGCCCACAUAAAAUAUGGACUAUGCAUGACCAUGUUGCACCUGGCAGGGGGAGCAACUUGGGACCCUUGUUGCAUCAGCAGUUCCCCACACAGGGACCUUUGAAACACUUCAAAUGUCCGCUGUUGGAACAUGUUACGCUCCCCCUUUUGUUUAGGCAAGAGGGCUGCUUUUCUGCUAACUCUAAUCAGAGUGCCAAGGUCUCUGUGAGCUUUUAUCGAAAGCAGCAAAUCUGUGCACCAAGGUCCAAGCAGCUUCUAGAGACCCAAACAUGGCCCGGUGCCAUCCAUUUUGAUCCAUCAUGGCUGCUCUAUUGUGAGCAUAAAACAUACCAUAAUUGCUGGAUGUGAUAGAUAUCUCAGCCAAGCAGGGUCCAGAUUAACAGGAUAAAGUGCUUCCAGGCCAGACUGACCAGCCGGCUUGGGGCAGGCAAGCUCUCCAGAGAGGCACUUCCAGUUUGUUGCCUGUGAUGUGUGGCAGCGGCCUUUGGGGCCAGUCUGGCACAAUGACUAGGGCAGGGAUGGCCAACUCUUUUCAGACUCAAGGGCCACGUUCACUCUGGGGGGCCGUAAGCUGGUGAAUGUGCCAAAGGUGGGUGUGAUCCCCUUCUCGCUCUUGCACAUGCUACAAGCCCCUCCCUUCAGCUUAUCCCUGCAGAUCAGCUGAUGAAGGGGGUUCACACCUCUUCCUUUUGUCAAGUGAUCCACCUGACUCUCAGUGUUCAAAAUUAGCAUUUUGCACCUGCCAAUCAGCCAGUUGCACCAAGUGAAGAUGCCUGGGUGUCAAGACUGUGUCUGACUUCUCCAUCUGGAGGUGCAUGCCUGGGGAUCCUUGGAUCUUGACUGUUUUCACACACUAAUACCUCCCCCUGUAGAAUUUUAUCAGUUAUAUUUUAUCUGCACAAUCGGAAUGAAUUUCAGGAACCAAAAUGCUUUUUCUGUGCAGCCUGAACAGGAGCAGAGAACAACGUUAUAGUUAAUUGUUAUAGCUUGUCUUCACUUACCUCCCCCCGCUGCCUUGCUCACAGUUGUGAAAAAGAUUCUUACAUUAUGAAUGGGCCAUGUUACCAUUAAGAAAAAGAAGUAGGAAUAGGCCAGUAUAUGUAUGGACUGUCCCUAGAUCAAGUGACUUUUUUUUCUUAAGUUCUCAAGAGUUCUUAACCUAGCUCAGGGUUGUCAUCUGAACUAGCCGGGUGUUUAACAGAGAAUCAAUCACAGCCCAUCAUUUGAAAAAGAAGACUUUAGAGCUGUCUUGCCCUCAAAUGGUUGAGUGGUUUAAACCUCUCCACACUUUCCUGUGCUGGGUCUGCUUUAGUUUAAUUUUCUAUAAUUUUGUUGCUGCUGCCAAAACAGGUGAGGGUCUGCAGUAAUGCUUUUGGGGAUGGGUUGGAUAAUAAUGCCCCUGGCCUGGGAUGCCAAAUUUGGACGUGGGAAUGGCAGGUCCAGUUUCUUACUUAGAUUAAGAUUUGCAAGGUAGUGACCCUGGGCUGAGACACCAAGGAAGAAUUAGACUGAUAUAAUUUCAGGAACUGAUAAGAUAUACCUCAUUCUUCAGCCAUGUAGUCUUCAGCCCCUCUGAUCUCCCCCUCGCCAGCACCCUGUUUUCACCCUGUUUCCUUGGUUGCUAAUUACGUGGCCUUCAGCCUCUGUUUUUAGCCCUUGGCCCUGCCCACCCCACCCCCCUUAGAGGCAGGCUUUGGGGGUUAUAUUUCUGGAAGCAACUGCUGCUCUCCCUCACCAGAUUUUUCUCCUUCAGUUUUCUAGAAGGCGGCGGCAGCGGGAUAGACGACAGCCCUUCCACCACAUUUGCAGAGGUGAGACUCUUUCCUGUUAACAAUUUGACUGCUGCUUUCAGAACUGUGUAAAAUGGAGGUAAAUGAAUUGUCUUUUUGCUGCGCUUUCCUCGGAUACUCCAUGUGGGAUACUUUGUGGGGGCAUCUGAGAGGAGAGAGGGCCAUUCUCGGUUAUUGAUACUUUUUGUACUGCCAAGAAUCAUCUCAAGAAGAAGUUGAUGUGACAGAGGCAGUCCUCUCAAAUGAUAGGGACUAGAAGCUUGAGGUUGCAAUUGCCUUGUGCCAAAAAUAAAGCUCUCCUUGGCUAGCGGGACUUUUGUUUUCAAGCUGUGUUGGUUUGUAAUCUUCUGUAAAAGGUUACUAAGUUCUGUGGGGUGUUUGAUGGAUCCUUUUGGGUUUUGCAGAUGCAUCACAAGCAGGGUUAAUUAUAGCAUUGGGCUGAAGUGAUUUAUAUAUUUAGGUUGAUGACUGUUGUUAAUACCUCCUGAGAGAGGUGGCUUUUGGAGUAUGAGGCAAGCCUCUGCUUCGAAGAAGUGGGCAGGCGCUCAGAGGAAGGAGGGAGAGCAGCUUUAUUAUUUUUGGUGAAGGUUUUUUUUAUUUCAUUUCAUAAGGUAUAGAAAACCGAACAGUUAUAACAACAGAUGAAAAUUGAAAGAUGAAAAACAAAACUAUAGAUAGGCACGUAAAAUAAGUACAGUUCCAUGUGGGUUAAAAUAACAAAGUCCAAGUCAUGGAGGAAAAAAGUGAGAAUAAAUGUUGUCUUCACAUAAAGAAUAUGAGUGUUAACUGAUAGCUCCAGAUUUGCCAGUCUUGGAACAAGUGUUCUUUUGAAAAUGAUGGAUCCAUGGUAAAGCAAUGCCAAAUCAAAUAAGAAGUGUCUGGUGGUUCUAAAAAGGUAAAGGACCCCUGACAGUUCAGUCCAGCCUUGUAGCUUAGACGAAUUUAAAACUAACCUUCCCAUUUCUCCCUUGCCUGGCUUCCCAAAGUUCAUGACAACUGGCAGUAUAUUAAAAUGAGAAGAUGGAAGCUAGGGGCAAAAGCAUCAACCCAUUCACGUAUCUUGGUGUGUGUGUGUUGGGGUUGGGACUCGUUCUUAUCCAGUGGCAUCCCAUCAUGCCAUGUAAUACACUAGAGUUGUAAAUGGAGGUGGGGGUGGCAGACUUUGAGUGUAGCAUUAUUUACAUGAACCUUUGGGCAUUAAAGCUUCUCUGAAUCCUAGUCUAGCAAAAUGCCCAGGUAAGCUGUUCUGUGUUUGGAAGCUGUGAGCCACCUUAAGCCAGUCAUUGAGAGGAAGCCCAGGCAAGAUGAAUCUUAUACAGAGUAUCUGGAAAUUGCUUGAGCUUGGAUUCUGGCAAGUCCCCCAGGGUGCAGGCAUAAACCAUUAGGACUAGAAUUGUUUUUUUUUGUUACUUUAUUCUAUGACGUCCCUAGGCCCCACAACUUUAAAGCUUUAAAAUGUCUGCCUCUUUUCUGAACUGAUCCCAGGUUGCUUCAAAUUCUCCCAGCCAUGAGCAGUUUUCUUAAACAUAGAGGUCUGGGCUGCCUCCUGUGUUGGCUCACCCUGGAUUUAGCAUCUACACUCAGCCUGUCAGAACCCGCUUCCUUUUCAGGUGACCUCAGCUAGGUUUCAGUCUCUGAGCUCAUCCUGAACUCAGAUUCUGCUGCCAUAGCUUUGCCGCUGCUGUGGCAGGAAUAGACAGUUGCUCCCUUUCUGUUUUGAGGCUCUGUGGGCGAUAUAACAUGGAGGAAGGCAGGGUUACCCACCCAGUGUCACUUUGAAAGGUUAGCUCUUGCACAGGUGUGGUGCCCCUCAGCUCGCUUCUGUCAUAGAAUUUUGUUCUUGCUUUUUCUGGUUUAAUUCCAGGAUUUUCUCUCAUUCAUAUAUUCAUUCAUAUAUAUGUAUACACACACACACACACACACACACACACAGUUAUACCUCGGGUUAAAUACGCUUCAGGUUGAGCGUUUUCAGGUUGUGCUCCGUGGCGACCCAGAAGUAAUGGAAGUAACUUUCAGGUUUUGCCGCUCACACAUGCGCAGAUGCUCAAAAUGACGUCACGCGCAUGCGUGGAAGCGGCGAAUCGUGACCCACACAGAUGCGCAGACGCGGGUUGCGUUCGCUUUAGGAUACGAACGGGGCUCCAGAACGGAUCCCUUUCACAUCCAAAGGUACCACUGUUAUAUGAGCUGCUUUGCUUGUGUGCUGUGCAGAAUUAGACAUAGAUUUUGUACACCUUAGCCCAAAUUUGAAAGGGUUUCCUAAAAAUGCCAGAGAGGCAGACCUACAAAAGAUCACCUGCUUCCCUCUUCCAGCAAGUCUCUCUCGGCCCUACCUGGAGAUGCCAAGGAUUGAACCUGGGACCUUCAGCUUGCAAAGCAGAGGCUCUGCCACUGAGGCACACCCUUUCACAAAACUCUAGCUUAGCAUUAAUGUGAAGGUUGCUCAGGGGGCUUUUUGUGGAGAAGAGGGAGAUAAAGCAAAGAUCACUCAUUUUCUAAAAUCACACGUUACCAGAAAAAGGCCCAUUGCAUACCCUCCCCUCGUUUGCUUUCUCUAUACAAUGGUACAUCGGGUUACAUAUGCUUCAGGUUACAUACGCUUCAGGUUACAGACUCCACUAACCCAGAAAUAUUACCUCGGGUUAAGAACUUUGCUUCAGGAUGAGAAUAGAAAUCGUGCUCCGGCGGCGCGGCAGCAGCAGGAGGCCCCAUUAGCUAAAGUGGUGCUUCAGGUUAAGAACAAUUUCAGGUUAAGAACAGACCUCCAGAACGAAUUAAGUACGUAACCUGAGGUACUACUGUACAUCUGUGUGUGCCACAUGUCCCCAGGAUGGACGUGAAAAUAAGUGUAUACUUAUGCCAGGUACUUUCACUCUAGCCUGUUAAAACAAGGAAGACCUGAGUUUCCCCAUGGAACUUGCCUCUUUGCAUUGUGGGAAAUCCUCCAUGAUUUCUCCAGCCAGAGAUCUAUAGCCACCACGGGAAGUUCCUGAAUCUGCCAUUGUUUGCUCAGAUGCUUUGUAUAGGGAAUACCUGCUUGGCAUCCCGCUUACGCUUUGUGUCUGGAACCCUGUUCACCUCCUGACGAAAGGGGGACGGGACUAUUUUGCAACAGAUAAUAAAAGAUCAGCUUUGCUUUCACUGGAUUUCUGCCUCAGAUUAUGAAUCUCUGACCAGUAAUGAGCUUGGGAAGUUGGGCCAUCGAAAGGCACCCCGUUAUUUUCUGGGAACACCCCCCAUCAAGUUUUCCAAGUUGCCCCCUCUUGGCUCCAUGGGCCAUAGAACUCUGCCAGGUUGUCUUUUUGACCCCCCACAGAGGUGGUUGCCAAUCCUGUGUCUUAAGCUAUACUGCUUAAGAUUGCACAUAGAGACUCACAUGAUGGAGAAAGCAAGCCUCCCUCCCAACAUGCUGGUGGAGUGAGAUAAGGGUACCUAAACUGUGAACAGGAUCCAGCCAGUUGGCUUAAAUUUCAUCUCGCCCUGCCUGGAAGCUGCUCCAGAGUCCCUCCCCAAGUCAGUUGAUCUGGGAGGCUCUGCUUACCUGCAAGGGCUCAGUGUCUCCCUGAGUGGCAGGUGGGUUUCGGAUCGCCUGAGUCCCCAGGUGUGUGUCUGAGUCAAAGAGGUUCUGGCAGCAGCAGCAGCAGGCGGGCUGGCCUGGGGCCUUGCGUGUUAUGAGAGCCUCUUGGCUUGCACACAGACGAGGGCAAGCAGUGUUGCUCAGUGAAGAGGUGGGUGCAAUGCCCCAGGCCCAGGCUGGCAAGUUCUUUCCCACGUUGCUUCUGUUAUGAUUAUUUCCUGCUCAGUGGGGUACUAUCCUGCGGAGAGACCAUUUGCUCUUUAUUUGUUCCAUUUACAGUGGUACCUCGGGUUACAUACGCUUCAGGUUACAGACUCCGCUAACCCAGAAAUAGUGCUUCAGGUUAAGAACAGAAAUCGUGCUUCGGCGGCGCGGCAGCAGCAGGAGGCCCCAUUAGCUAAAGUGGUGCUUCAGGUUAAGAACAGUUUCAGGUUAAGUACGGACCUCCCGAACGAAUUAAGUACUUAACCCAAGGUACCACUGUAUACCCCACUUUUUCUCCAUGGAGCUGAAGGUGGUGUGCGUGGUUCUCCUGCUCCUCAUUUAAUCCCCGCAACAACCCUUUGAGGUAGGUUAGGCUGACAGGCAGCGACUGGCCCAAGGUCACCCAGGGAGGUUCAUGGCUGAGUGGGGAUUUGAACCCUGGUCUUCCAGGACCUAGUUCAGCACUCAGACCGCUAUACCACCACUGGUGCUUUGCAGCCAGGCAUCCGAUGGGAGCACAGCCUGGUGGGGAAGAGGGUCUGAGGUGGCCUGUGAGCUGCCAUGGGGAACAGAGAAGCCAAAGCUCCUGUACUGCUGUGUAGACCAAAGAAUCAUAGAGUGGUCGAAUUGGAAAUGACCCAAAAGGUCAUUUGGUCCAACCCUCAGGUCCACUGAACCAAAAGCUGCAGAGGAAGUCCCCAAAAAUGCAAGCAGCUCAGGUGUUCUUCCAGAGGCACGGUUCAGUGGCAAAGUGUGUGCAUCAAAGGCAGAAGGUUCCAGGUUCAGUUCACAGCAGCCUCUGCAGGUUGGGCUGGGGAAAAAUCCCUCAUUCCUGCAACCCCAGAGGGCUGCUGCCAGUCCGUUUGGACAAAACUGAGCAAGGUGGACCAAAAGGUCUGACUCUGUCUAAGGCACCUCCCUCCCCUUUUCCUGUGUUUGUCCUGUAUGCGUUCCAGGCUGCCUUGUGAGCUGCAUAUCUGAGCAGGCCCCCUGCCCACAGGUCUCCAUAGGAUGGCAAUGAAAGCAUCCUGGUGGCCUCUUCAGACCAUCUCCCACCUGGCUGGGGGUUGAACCCGGGGCCAUCUGCAUGCAAAGCAGAUGCUCUGCUACUUUGCUACACCUCCAGGAAGACUGCAGGAGCAUAAAGUCUGCACACAUUUUCAGUCAAGAUUUUGCAUCUCUUCCUCAAGUCCUCAAAGCACAAAGUGGCCAGUGUGCUGCUUCUCUUUUCCUUAGUUCUGUCGUCUUUUUUUGCUCAUCAGCGGCUGUCAUAUUGUGCUGACUUAGCAAGGGAGCAGCCCAGACAGCUUAUCUAUCCAAAAACAGCACCGGUCGCAGCGUAGCUGGAGCAGUGAGGUCUGGAAAAGGACUUGCCCAGAAGGCGUUUACGUAUUGAUGUGACUAUUAUUAUUAUUAUUAUUAUUAUUACUAUUAUUAUCUUAUUCUCCAGUGAACUCAAGGCAGUAUGUGUAUGGUUCCUCCCCCUCCCAUUUUAUCCUCACAACAGCCCUGUGGAGUGGGUUAGACAGAGAUACUUCAUGUGAGUGACACACCCAGGGUUCACCCAGCGGCCAUCAUUGCCAGGUGAAUGUUGGGCCAGCCCUGAUCUCAGCAUUUUAACCACUGGGCAGCCUGGCAAUGCUUGGCGGUUGCAAAGGGAGUGUGCUUUUAUAACAAAUAGAAUGGUAUAGAAUAAAAGGAAAACGGUGAAGCAAAAUAAGAGCGUUAAAACAAUGCAGAGCAAAUGGAAGCAAAAACAGCCAAAGCCGAAAGGUCUUGACUAAACAAAUUCCCACUGAGACAGGAUUAUCUUAAGUGCCCAUGGAAAAGUGGGCAAUAAGGAAACUGAAUGCGCAGUCUUGAUGUGGCCUGGUGACAGCUGUUUCCUGCUUGCCUGAGCCUACACCAAACCUGGGGGUAUCCCACCGCACAACCACUCACAACAUGCUGCAGAGCAGGGCCCUACAGCUCUGGGUAUCACUUCCCGGGGGCAGGGGGCAAAGCGAUUUCCUUCCAGCUGGCACGGCAUACAAAGCCUUGGAAGCAGGAGGCCCCCAUGAUGAGCCUUUCAGGUUUGUAAAUAGCCCCUCUCCUGUGGAGGCUUGGCAUGGCUUGCAAGCGAGCGGGUGGAGAAGUUUUUGUAAGCCAGAAGAGAACGUGGGUUUGUCUGUCCGAUCAGAAGAGCUCCGCUUAGUAAAUCCUGCUUUUCUCCUGGCGUAGACAUUGGCUGAGGGGCUGCUUCUGAAUUUUGAGAGUCUCCAGUCAUCGCAGGAAAGCUUCAAGAACCCCUGAAACUGCUGGGCUAGAAUUUAUUACCCCAUUUGAUUUCUGGCCCUUUAGAAGUUGACUUCUUGAUGCGCUUUCAUUUGCUUCCUCCAGUUUUGGGACCAGUUGCAUCGUUCUAUGGUCUUCCAGUUCCCAAGCAACUCUAUGGAUCACGAUGGCAGAGACAAUGAAAGGGGCCACCAAGCCCACGCAGACCUCUGGGGACCAAGUAGACCCCUCCGACUGCCCAUGACACGGAGGUACAGAUCCCGGGUCAGCGCACGGCCUGACAGAUCACCUGCCAUUGAAGGGUAAGGAUUUGGAGGACUUGGAGCAGCGGUUCUCAACCUGUGGGUCCCCAGAUGUUGUUGGACUACAACUCCCAUCAUCCCUGAGCUCUGGCCUCGCUAGCUAGGGGUGAUGGGAGUUGUAGUUCAACAACAUCUGGGGACACACAGGUUGAGAAAGGCUGAGAGGAUCCAGGAUCUGAUCUGGAGGGGAAUAGUACGUUCAGUUGCUCUUGGAGGCUAACAGGAGAUAUGAGGGUCUGGGGUGGGGAAAUCCCCCCCCCCCCUGUCUGGGGCAAGAGGGUGGCCUUCAGGUCUCUGUCCACCACACUGCUACUUCUGACUUCCAACAGUCUCUACUGGAAGACUUCAAGAAACCUGAAACAUAGAAUUUAUGUUUGAUUCUAUUCAUUUGGGGCUUAAGCUGGAUUAGGGUUCUUUCACAUAACCAAGGUGUUCAACUUGUGUGGCCUAACUAAAAAGACAGCCUUGUUGUUCCCAAUUGCUGCAAACUGAUGACUGUUCUUGCCUCGUAUAUAUCUGUCAGGUCUGUAGGUCUGUCCUGCCCAUCUCGCAUCCUGUUGGUUGCCUCACUAAUGCAGGGGAAGCCAAUGUGGUACCCCCUGUGUGUUGUUGGACUACAAUGCCCAGCAGUGUGGCUAGUGAUCAGGAAUGAUGGGGGCUGUAGUCUGACACCACCUAGAGGGCACCACAUUGGCCACUCCCAAAUUAAUGUAACAUAACGUAUGCUUCAUGUACUGGACAAAGAGGGCGCUAGUCCCUGGAAGCAAGUGCAAUGAUCAGUCUGUUAAGGCUUGCACAGCUUUCUCUCCUGGAUGCUGUCACUGCCACCUCCACUUUACUUUUCUGCCUCUUUCUUACAUGUUUUCGUUUUGUCUCCCAUCUCCUGGCUAGAAUAAUACAGCAGAUCUUUGCAGGCUUCUUUGCGAAUUCAGCAAUUCCUGGGUCUCCUCCUCUCUCCUGGUGAGUAUGGGACAUUAUUUGCAAUUGUAUAUAUAUUUUUCUUUACAAGGUUUGUGUCCGAACUCAAAUGCGUGUCUGGCACUCACAUGCAGUCAUACACACGCUAUCAAGAGGUUUGGGAUCUUUUGCUAGAGUUAUGACAUGCGUCCGUUUAUGAAUAUGUGUUUACCCUUAGCCAGCAUUCAAAAUUUGCCAGGUGCAUUUUGCACCUCACUAUUGGCCACUUGCUACCAAGUGAAGAUGCCCAGGCGCCAGGAUGGUGCCUGACGUCUCCACCAUCUGGAGGUGCAUGCCUGGAGAUCCUUGGAUUUUGACUGUUUCCACACGCUAGCAAUACAUCCUGUAGAAUUCUAUCAGUUAUAUUUUACCUGCACAAUCAGAAUGAAUUUCAGGAACCAAAAAUACGACUUUUGAGUCGACUGGCCCCAAAAUGGCAACUAGGCAUUCUGUUUUGGUGACUGUAACCCUGGUUUAAGGAGCCAUUUGGCACCUAGCUUAUAUAUUUGAGUUUCUAACACUGCCCUUAGCAAUAUGUCCACAAGAAGUUCUUACAAAAAGGAACACGGAAAGCUUGCUUUAUUAUAUGAAAUGAAAUUGGCAGAAUAUAUAAAUGCUGCAUCAGACAGCAAAAUUACAAUUUAAGCAGGCAGCAAAUCCCAUCAUAUGUAUGCACCCUGAUUGAAAAGAGUGAAAGAAUCAACUAUUCUCAAAACCACGCAGGAAAGAAGUGUGACUGUUUUGCCACAGAACUCACACCAAAGGCAAGUUAAGAAAGGGGAGAGGGGAGAGUACACCUGUCUUUAAGGCAAAGCGGGUGUUGGAUUCCUUGAGAACCCUGAGUAAGUUCUUUGUUAGAGCUUGGAGAGCUAAUUUACAAUCUUAAAAUCUUGGGGUGUUGUACUAAUUUUAGCCAAUACAGUCGAAUGGAGAAGGGCUUUGAGAUAAGCUAGUGGUUUUCAACCUUUUUGAGUCCAUGGCUCCCUUGACCAACCACAUUCUUUCUGCGGCUCCCCUGUGGAAGCCACGUACACUGGGGCUCUAUUACAGGGCGUGCAAAAGUGGGGACUUCCCCAUUUUGCACCCACCUCUUUUUGGCACCAUUUUUGGUGUGUGUGUAAGUGGGAACGCAUAUGUCGAUGGGAACCCAAGCAACACCACUGCUCUGCAGGGCCGAACCGACGCAUUCCCCAUGGCAGCUCCAGCCUGGCUUUCCCGAAAUUAGUGCGCACAUGGUGGGGGAUGCGGGGAGCAAAACAAGAUUAAGAUCGGAAGCAGAAAUAUUUUGUUGUUGUAGGGAAGGAAAGCGAGAAACACAUAGCACAGGACACACAUGCAAAUACUGUCCUUUCCUGCAACAUUCUCCCUGUCCCCAUAAAGCUGGGUGACUGUUAAGGAGGAGGGGGAUUACUUGCAGGGGUGGGGGAGAGAAGAAUGGGGGGGGGUAGAAGGAGUGUGAAACACAGAAGACACUCCCCACUUUCAGGGUUAUUUUUAAAUCCAUCCUUAUAGAGCACACACACAUCCAGGCACAAACACACCAUCAAACUACUUUGCUAUUUUCCUGCAUUUCUCAAGCCCUCUGUGCAAAACUAAGGAAUUGUUAUUUACUGAAGCUGGGGAGGAUAGUUGUUUGUGGUGGAGAGAUUUUAAGAAGAUAAUUAGUCAUGCAAAAGUGUUUCCUCACUUGCUUGCCACUGUUUUAUUUUGGGAAGAUAAUGGGCUCCCCUGACCCUGGCUUCCUCCACCCCCAGAAGAACAAGUUUGGAGCCGCAGAAGCAUGAUAAAGGUUGAACCAAUGCUGUGUAGGCCCUUGAUAUCCUAUGACAUGGAAGCUGGGCAGCAGUGGGCGUGCUGCUUCCUUCUCAUGCCCCCACCCUGAGUGACUCUUUCUUUCUUUCCCUCUUGCAGGGGGGGCAUGUUGCACUCGAGUCCUGGGGACUAUGCCUGGGGACAGAGCGGCCUUGAUGCUGUCGUCACACAGGUAAAGGCUCUGAUCAUUCCACCUGAGCCAUGGCUGCAUUCAAUAUGUGUGCAAUUUUUAAACAGAGGUCAGGUGGACACCUGCCAGGGUUUCUUUAGUUGUGAUUCCUUUAUUGCAGAGGUGGGGUGGAACUAGAUGGCCUGGGGGGGGGGGUCCCUUCCAACUCUACAGCUCUAUGAUUCUGUUUCAGCUGCUGCCGAGGCUCCACGGGCUUAGCACAAAUUAAGUGGGUGCCCUGUAGCACCCCUAGGAUCCUGCACAGCACCCAGUCAGCGUGGAAAGGGAUUCCUGAAGGUCAAAUGUUCUGAAGGCAGCUGUCUUAAUCUUUCUUGAUGGAUGACGAGUAAAUGCUGUGAACGUUUUUUCCCCAUUCAGUUCAGUUCCUAUUAAAUUUCAUGUUGUGAGAGCAAAUAAUCUGUGCAGCGAUUCCAGUUCUCUUCCCUCACACCAACCCUUCCUUCCUCUCCCCUGCAGCUCCUGGGACAGCUGGAGAACACAGGGCCUCCCCCGGCAGACAAAGAGAAGAUUUCUUCUCUCCCGACAGUGACCGUCACUCAGGAACAAGUUGGUAAGUAGUUCCUGCUUCCUGAUAACUUAACGCUUUUGUAAAUGUGUUGUUUGGAAGCGGUUGAAUUGAAUUUUAUUAUUACGGUCACAGACCAGUUCCGGCUCACUUACAAUAUCAGGAAAAUCAUAAAACACAACAGGAAUACAUUGAAUUACAGUUGGGUAUAACAGAGACAAUUCAGAUAUAGCAGCAAUUAAAAAUAUCUAUUAAAUCUUGAUCACUAAAAUAUAACCUAAAAUUGGGAAGGGGUUGCUUUCUUCUGUCGCUCUGGACUGAGCACCCAGACCAAAUUCCAGAGAACUGCCAGUGUCAACCUCCAGCUCAGCUUAGCUCUACAGCAUUAAAUGAACUGCUUUCCAGCUGCAAUCCUCUGUGGUUCCCUCUGAUUCUGAUUUAAGGAACUGAGCAACAGCUCACGGGGCUCUCCAGGCAUUGUGGAUUUACUCUAGAACCCCAGUUGCACAAUAGCUCUCCUCUUCCCUCCCCAGUCCGUUUUUCUUUUGUGUCUUGUCUAUCAGGCUGGCCCCACCAGUUUGCAGUCUCACAGGCAGUGAUGCCAAAGGCAAGCAGGUUUCAGGUACCAGUUCUAGAAGUUGCCUGGAGAUCUUCUUGCGUUAAGCAAAUCUUCCAAACCUCACUAUGCAGAGUAGGAGUCAGGCAAUCGGUCCCUCUAGUUCAGCACUGUCUCUACAGAUUAGCUGCAGCUCUCCAGGGUCUCAGGCAAGUUUUUCCUCAACCUGGAGAUGCUGGGGAUUGAACCUGGGGCAAAGUAACAGGUGAACAUAAGAAGAGCCUGCUGGAUCAGGCCAGUAGCCAACCAGAUGCCUCAUUGGGAAGCCUGCAAGCAGGAUCCAAGCAUAAGAGCCCUCUCUCAUCCUGUGGUUUCCAGAAACUGCUAUUCAGAAGCAUUUACUGCCUCCAACCAUGGUGGAAGAGCGUAGUCAUUGUGGAUAGUAGCCAUCAGUAGUCUUGUCCUCCCAUGAAACCAAGACCCUUACCUGAGUGAUCUUGAGUUGGUUUCUUCCUCCCUCCCUUUUUAUCUUUCCCCCUCAACAACAUCAAGCCCAGAGACAGUCUGAAAAGCUCCUUCCACAGAAUUAUAAGGUCUCACAUGCCUUCCUAGUCUUUUUCUCACUCUUUAGUUCUCCGGUAACCUCCUUCUCUACUUCCCCUUUCCCCCAAUAGCUGCCUAGCAGCCAAUGCCAAAAUCCAAGUUUGGGGCAAGUCCUCUGGUGAGAGAACUCCUGCAGAGUUUUAAAGUCACAAAAUAUGCAGCAAAGUAAAGUGUGGAACUAUACGCUGUUAGACCUUCAAAAUAUGCCCUUGUGAGUUCCAAAACUUCAUUCUUCCCCUAGCAUAGAAGACCACCACAAGUUUGGUAAGUUAAAAAUGGUUUACUAACAAACUUUCCAAGGGUAUUAUUCAUGUGCUUCUGGCAGUAGAACUUGGCUUAGUUCCAUAGCAGUCGAAGUUCCUAAAUUAUUGGUGUAGGAACUCAAGAGUGGCUUGUUGAAGCCAUGCGGUCUGAGCUUGGAGCAACCAGCUCAGACCUCCUCACAUGCUGAGCUUGAAGGGAGAUUGAACAGUAAGCUUGAUUACCCAGUUCCUCCCAAGGUGAACACUUGAUCUCACUAAGCCUGGCAGGACAGCUUACUCUAUGGUAUUAACCCCUUCAUGCAUUAAGCAUGUUGGUUAUACGAGACUGGUUAUCCCACUGUUCCAAACUCGGCUCUUCAUUCCGGUGUUCUCACCCCAGUUGCCUUUUCACUUCUCUUGCCUCUUGUGCAGCCAGCCUGCAGGCAGGACAUCUACCUCUUGCCUCAUCCUAGAGAGCUGGCGUGUUGCUGCCCUCACGUGACCCUGCCCUGUUUUCUCCUGCAGAUAUGGGUUUGGAGUGCCCUGUGUGUAAAGAGGACUACACUGUGGCGGAACAGGUCCGGCAACUCCCGUGCAAUCACUACUUCCACAGCAGCUGCAUUGUGCCAUGGUUAGAGCUGGUAAGUUGGCUUCCCUGUUGGCGUGGGGUCAGGUGGAGACUGGCGCUAGGGCAUCCUGCCUGGCACAGGGCAGCUCUCCUGUGGGACGAGGGGUGGCCACAGAUGUUGGGUGCUACAGUGGAAUACGGACCUGGUCUCCAGGGCGCUAUUCAGUUGGAAGUUCUCCUGCACAAUGAACAAGAGCACUAGGGUGUGACUGACUUACCCUCGGGCACCAGAGUAUCUGAGGCCGGAUCUUUUGGCUGUCCUGAGGCUCUGAAUUGGCAGAUUUUGCCAAAGGCUGUUGGCAGAGAGCCACAUGCCACCUAACGGGGUUUGGGCCUGGGUCUCAAGUAGCCCAGCUGCCCAGACAGGAGUCUCUAGGUGUCCUGAGCACCCCGCAGCCAAGGAUCUGAUAGUUAUUAUCACAAACACAGCAUACAGCAGCUCCUAAGGUGCCCCAGACACACACACUACAAUCAUCUCAGCUGCUGUUCCCACAUCCAUGCCUAUGGAGCACUUGCAGCAGCAGUGAGACCAGCCCCCCACCCCCAGUUUAUGUACCCCUGAUCUGAUGGGUACGUGCACACAACCUGAGGCUUCUCCUACAUGGAAGCCAUUGCUGCUCUUUCCUCUUCAAGCCCCUGCUGGUUCUAGGAGACAGCGAGGUGGGAGAUGGCUGCCUUUGCGCAUUGCUCUUUUUCAGAGGAAGGCUUUCGGCAGUGCCCUUUCCUUAAUGUGGUCGCCCCAAUCUCAGGUAUCGGCUCUGGGAGGCAUGACUGUUCCCAGCAGCCCCCCCCACUCACUCACAUGCGUGCAUUUUCCCUCCCCAGCACGACACGUGUCCCGUGUGCCGGAAGAGCUUGAACGGCGAGGACUCCACUCGGCAAGCACCCAACGCGGAGGCCUCCACAAGCAACUCCUUUAGCAGCACAAGCCACCUACACGACCGAUGGACUUUCUGAAGCCUCCCUGACACGGUGGGGGGGGGCGAGGGAGGGGGCAGUUCAGGCCUGUAGUAUCCCUUACUACAGUUUGUAAAUUGUAUGAUACCUAUAAAACUACAGAACCGAGUAGCAAGGAGGGAGAGGGAGAGGAAACGGGUGCAGCCGGUGGAGCUGCGUCCCCACCCCAUGGCCAUGGCGAGGGCGGCCAUCUUUCAGAAACCGCUAGCAUCUCCUGCUGGGUCGCCACAGCAUCCAGACGAUCUCUUUAACCCUUAGUUUCCGGAGUGAUCAGUUUCACCUUUCAGCGAGGGGUCGGGAGGGUCCCUGAGAACCUGUGCGAGUCCUUUCCUUGGGUAGCAAGAGAGGCCUCCACCGUUACGAUUCCCAUGGCUUUGCAGAGGGAGGGGCGGACAUUGUCCUUGCCCGCCUGUCCCAGUCUAUUUUUUGCGGCAGGGUGGGGGGGAGGCUCAAGGAGAAGGCAGCCAGACGUUGGCUAGGAAGCUAUUUCAGAUGGGGCGAGGGGAAGAGAGAGGCAAGUCAAGAGGAUUUGCACAGGGAUCCAGGCCUUUCCAGUGUCUCCCGAGUCUGUUUAAUCGACUCUGCCCAUCUUCCCUGCAGCCUAGGAUUUUGUUGAAUUUUGGGUGAAUUUUCUUUGGAUUAGGUUGACAGAGUCCCUGACUUCCUUUAUCUCGGUUCUGUUUUUUUCUGGAAAAGAGUGGGGGGCAAUUUGGCUCACAGAAAGAGAAAAAGAGGGGUGGAGAAGCAGCACAGGGGAGCCCUGCAUUCCAUGAAGGCAAGUAUUCGAUGCCCCUCGAGCGAACGCUACCUUUUUCCUGCUUUCAGCCCCUCGGCCCCCUUGGGUUUGCCUGAACCAGCAUUCAACCCACCUGCUACUUAAGACCCAUUUUUUGCUGCCUUGUUUAUCAAAUGGACCACGUGUAGUUUAUCCUCCGGAUCAGAGACUGUGUCUUCUUUUUCCAAGCUGUUCUUCAGUAUUUUAAAUGAGAAUGCCAUCGCUCGAUAUACCAUAAAGAAUCACUUUUUGUUGUUGUCGGUUUCCUUUUAAGUGUUGUUUUUUCCCCUCCCUUGCAACUCUUCCCUCCCCUCCAACCUCCAUCUACAGUCUUUUUAUCUUCUGAAUCAUGUCUGAGCUCAAAACUUUGGUGCUGCACACUGACCCCCUCCCCCAAAGCACCUUCCGCCUGGAACCAGAAAGGAGCUUUGGUAGGAGAAGGGUGGGGUGGGGGGUAUGGCAGAGUCGUGUCCCAAGGAAUGGACGGGGAAAACACAAGGCAACCCCCCCACCCCCUUCGUGGCCACUUCAUCGCUGUAACGGUGUACCAGGUACACUCCGUUUCAAACUUAGUGUCUUCUGUUUGCUAUCGAAAGUUGAAUAAAAGUCUUUAAUAAGAAAAACAA